AUGACUACCAUCAAAGAUCCUCGAACCAGAAGUGUUGUCACCUUUAAUCCAACAACUAUUGGUCCAGGGGAAGAGCUGUACAUUUAUAUUCCAAAACUCAAACCUUCUUCCUGUUUAGUCCCCGGAUCACUUGCCCUCCUAUUUGACUUCAAGAAUUCCAACAAAAAGAGCUGCUUUAAUAACAAUCUAUCUAAGCUGCUAGCAAAACGACUCCUAAUAAAGGUAGCCGGUGAGACAGCCUAUGACUGUUCAGGAGAAAGUCUAUUCGAAGUGUACAAAGACCUAUGUCUAACACUAGGCGACAGGAAAAAGAUGACCGAACAGGGUCUUGCAAACGAAAACCUGCGAAAGUUAAUAUCAGGUGACGACUCAGGGGUAAAGGUAGGUGAUGCCGGUAAAGUAGCAGAUGGACUUCUACAUAGUGUAUACGACUCUAAGCUGCGAAAACCGAUUGACAAAAUAGUUGCAGAUCACGGGCUCUAUGUACCGUUCAACAUGAAUAACAAUCCAAUGUACAUCCUUACUCUCCUCCAGGCAGACGAGAUUAUGACUGCACAAGGAGGUCAGCAGGUAGGCGGCUACAAACUGGACAAUCUCGAGUUAGAGUAUGAGACAAUAGAAAACGACGCCCUUGCAAGUGAGGUCUCAAGGAUGUAUUCAACGGGCCGGUCACUGUCCUACAAACACGUCACACUGAUGCGUACGAGUAACUGGGACUAA